UUACCAAGCAAUUUAAUAUAAAAACGAUUUUUGUACCUCAAACACUUCUUGAGUUAGAGGCAAUUUCAUCCAAUAAGGUCCUAGAGCGAUCAAACUUGGAAGUUUUUGGAACCACAUUGAAAUUACAAAAUUUUUAUGCCUUAGCCGACAUUCUUAGUCAUAACUUUGAAACUACUUAAGAUAUCCUCAUGAUUUUUUCACAUCCUUAUACUAUGAUUCCUGAGGAUGGAUUUAAGGGUAAAAACGUCAUUCUGGUUUAAAAAUUGAGGUAGCUAGGGCCGUUGCAGUAGCAUUCAAUUUUUCUGGGUCUAGUAUAUACCUUUGCAAAUAACUUUGUCCUCUGCAACACAGCGGAUCACAAGUUGUAAUUUGUUUGAAAUCGAUAGAAGAAGAAAUUACACUCCUAAUAGACUGGCCGUCGCGCUCACCAGAUUUGACCCUAAUAGAUUUUUUUUUAUGAUGACCUUGACUAAACGAAGUCUAGCAGAAUACGAUCAAAAAGAGUAUACAGUUUUCCCUGAAUUGACCUCAACAAGUCAAGUCAACUCUCAUAAUUAUCCAUGAACUGUCACCCUCGAAACCAAAUUCUGAACUAACAUAACUGUCUUUAAAUACAUAAUAAAAUAUACUAAAGAUCUUCUAUAAACUUCGACAUUAUUCACUCUCCAUAUUUGCAAUGAUGAUAAGCACGUAGGGACAUAUGACAUACGAAUCGUGUGUGAUUAUUUACGUAAAUGGGAAUCUCUCUGAUAACGUUUGUUUCGCGAAUUUGACCAGAGGGCGCUGGUGAAAGUCGGAUUUGGAACUUUUUAACGUUUUUUCAGCCGAUGGAAGUUUACGUGGACGACGAGGCCAAGUUGACCCUGCACGGACUGCAACAGCACUACGUCAAACUGAAGGAAAACGAGAAGAACAAGAAACUGUUCGAACUGUUGGACGUGUUGGAGUUCAACCAGGUGGUAAUAUUCGUGAAAUCGGUGCAACGGUGCGUUGCACUGGCCCAAUUGUUGACCGAACAGAAUUUCCCGGCCAUCGGUAUACACAGAGGAAUGGACCAGAAAGAGAGACUCUCCAGAUAUGAGCAGUUCAAGGAUUUCCAAAAGCGCAUCCUGGUGGCCACGAAUCUAUUCGGGCGCGGCAUGGACAUCGAACGGGUCAACAUCGUGUUCAACUACGACAUGCCCGAGGACUCGGACACUUAUUUGCAUCGGGUGGCGCGCGCCGGACGUUUCGGCACCAAAGGACUCGCCAUCACUUUCGUAUCCGAGGAAUCGGACGCGAAGAUCCUGAACGAGGUCCAGGACCGGUUCGACGUCAAUAUCACCGAGUUACCGGACGAGAUCGACCUCAGUUCUUAUAUUGAAGGACGGUAAAGGACUGAAGAGAGGAGUCACUGUAUGGCAUGUACAGUAUUUUUAAUUAAGGUUACAUUAAGAGAAGACUUACUGAUUACGUUUUGUGUGUGUGUAUGCGUAUGUGUUCAAAGAAAGCAUUUAAGUGUUCUGUUCGUUUUGUAUUUUAAGGAAGCUCUGAAAUUUUGUCUUUGAAUUGUAAAAAAAAAUACUUUUGUAAUAAAACUUACUGCACCAGCAUUAAA